GAAUUGACCAGCUCCAUGUACGACGAAAGGAGAACUCUCAAUCAUAAACACAAUUGCUCUGCACCUGACAAACAGGGCUCUGGCAGUAUGGUGAUUCUUUUGGAGGCAGGAUAUCUAAUUUGUAAUCUUGCAAUCUUUUUCAUGCGAUCUGUCUGUAUUUCAAAUCACGACGAUAAAAGACGUGUUUUACCAGCCACGUUAAAUCCUCUUCCCAAACUGCAUCGACAACUGAUGAAAUUGAGGAAGCUUCCACGAGUCACUGCGCGAACAAGAUCCGUCAACAAAGGUAGCCCUUACCAAAUUCACGGUCUUUUACACCCAGGGCUUAGUUCCCAGCACCGGUUAAGACGACGACAAAGCUGCCUGCCAGACAGUCUUGUAUAUAGGUCAUCCGAACUACCAGGGUAGCUGAGCAGAGCGGUCGCCAUGUUUCAGAGCAUAAUGUCCUAAGUGCACCGAGGCCUCCAAUGGGAAGGGAACAAACGCCGGACAACGAGAAGCAGGAAGAGUCCAAGGUGGAGCAGUAUCCUCACGACAUCAGUGGAUGGAGAUGGGCUCUAGCUAUGAUUUCGAUCCUGUGUUCAAUCUUUUUAUAUGCCCUGGAUGCAACCGUCGUUGCAGAUAUUCAGGCCAUCACUGUUCAGAAAUUUGACUCCCUGCAAGACCUCUCGUGGGUUGGGAUCUUCAAUGUGGCACUCUUCGAAGUAGGCUCUGCCAUCUGUGGUACUGCGCCUAAUAUCGAAGCCAUGAUUGUGGGCCGCGUCAUCUGCGGUAUCGGUGGAUCUGGACUCUACAUAGGUGUUAUGACUUCAAUCGCUGUCACCACGACACUUGCGGAACGCCCACUGUAUAUUUCUGGCACCGGGCUAACAUGGGGCUGGUAUAGUUCUGGGUCCAAUAAUCGGAGGCGCUUUCCAGGAAUCUGA